GUUAGAGAAAGUCUGAGACAAGCAGAGAUGGCCAACUGCUCCAGCAUUGCACUGCCAGCGAUCAGCUCGGGCAUCUUUGGUUUCCCUGUUGACCUCUGUGCUGAGACCAUAGCCCAGGCAGUUCGGGAGCACUGUGACAGCCCACAAGGUCUGAGAUCAUUAACUGAGAUUCACCUGGUGGACAACAACGACAGCACCGUCAGAGUCAUGGCCACAGCUGUGAGCAAGGAGUUCUCUGACCUCAGACCUACAAUGACCAUCCCACAGCAAGCAGGCGGGAAACGAACAGGAGCUUCAGGUGGAUAUCACCGAGGUCGAGGCAAACAAGGUCAGAGCCAGUCACAUGGUGCCAGUUGGUCUGAAACAGAAGGAAGAGGAGGAGGAAGAGGAGGAGGACGAGGAGGAGGACAAGGAGGAAGAGGUGAAUCUUGGGGAAAUCAUCAGGUUAACAGGGGAAGCCAAAGUCCCAAGCAACACACCAGCCACGGAGAGCACGGAGAGUUGGAGCAGACCACAGCUGAGGGAUUGAAGAUCAUUCUGUGCAGGGGAAACAUUGAGGACCAGACUACAUCCUGA